CCUGUCUCUUCCGGUUCUAGGCACUUCAGGAGCCGUGGCUUAAGGUGCAAACAUGACCAAGACCAACAACCACACCACACACAACCAGUCCCGAAAAUGGCACAGAAAUGGUAUCAAGAAAUCUCAAUCACAAAGAUACGAAUCUCUUAAGGGGGUGGACCCCAAGUUCCUGAGGAACAUGCGCUUUGCCAAGAAACACAACAAGAAGGGCCUAAAAAAGAUGCAGGCUAACAGUGCCAAGGCCAUGAGUACAUGUGCCAAGGUUAUCAAGGCCCUCAUAAAGCCCAAGGAGGUUAAGCCCAAGAUCCCAAAGGGUGUCAUCCGCAAGCUCAAUCAACUUGACUACAUUGCCCACCCCAAGCCUGGGAAGCAUGGUCAUGCCCGCACUGCCAAGGGGCUCAGGCUGUCCUGGCCAAAGGCCAAGGACAAGGAUAAAACCAAGGCCCAGGCUGCAGCUCCAGCUUCAGUUCCAGCUAAAGCUCCCAAAGGUGCCCAGGCCCCUACAAAGGCUUCAGAUUAG